AUGACAGCAGGUAAGAGGAAGUGGAAUUUUGAUAGACAGAAUAACGAUAAAGAAAAAGGGAAUAAUGCACCAAAGAAAGGAAAGGCGGAGAUAGUAGGAGUUAGUGGACAUUUUGCUAAAGAAUGCCCCCAGAAUCAGACACAAAAGGCUGGAGAUGACAAGAAAGGAAAAGCAAGAGUUUUCUCCUUAUCCAGACAAGAAGCAGAACGAGACCCUAAUGUCCUCGCAGACAGGCAAGUAGAGUUUACCAUCGAUUUGGUACUAGGAGCAACACCUAUUUCAAAGGCUCCAUAUCAUAUGGCACCGUUGGAACUGCAAGAGUUGAAGUGCUUGGAUAAAUUUGUCAUAGGCUUCAUUGAUGACAUUCUGAUAUAUUCCAAGAGUAAGAAGCAACAUGAAGAGUACCUAAGAAUAGCAUUAGAGGUAUUAUGCAAGGAGAAGCUGUAUGCCAAAUUCAAGAAGUGUGAGUUCUGGCUUGAACGAGUUAGAUUUCUUAGACAUAUAGUCACUGCCCUAGGGAUUGAGGUAGAUCCAGCGAAAGUGGAAGCAAUAACCAACUGGAAAGCACCAACUAAUGUUGGCGAG